ACUUUGUCGGCUGGCUUUGCCAGUUCGAGUCAGUCUAGCGGACACUUGUGCGCGGCUCGCGGAUGCAUCAUUGGAAAGUAAAAUUGAUUUCCUACGACCAUCCGAAAAACAUAAGCCCUUCGGUGUAUCCUUUACGUCAGUGCAUCUCAUGCGGAAACUAUGAGGUUCACUAUGCUCUGUUAGGUGUUUUAUCGCGGUAUCCUUAAUCGUUCGUAAUCGCGGCUGGCAAUGGCAUUUCAGUGGAGUGCGGAUUUCGCUCACCUGUGGAAAAGGUAGCAGAGAAUCACGAUUGUUCUGAGAAAUGUACGUCGCGUACCGAUGAAGGCACACAUCUGGUAGAGAUUCGUCAAAGCGGAAGCAUGGCAUCGGGUGCUUCUUCCCUUGAUAGCGCUGGGAGCAGCGAUGGUGCUCUCAAUAUGGAGAGGGAUAGUGGAGGGUACGGAAGCGUUGGGAGUCCCGUUGGGGGUUCCGAAUGUCGCAGCGACUAUGAUGGUUUACAGGCUCAAUGCGACCAAGCUAUGCAUCAACUACAACUACUUAGGCAUAAGCAUUCCGACACCAUUCGACGGUGUGAGCAUACCAUGAAGGAAUUGGAAUACUAUCGGGGACAACACAUAGCAGUCAUGAAUCAGUUGGAAGCAACCACGCAAGAGAGCUCUGCUCUGAGGGGAAAGUACGGUGACCUGGUCAACGACAAACAGCGCCUUGACCGGGAGGUGCAGGCUUUGCAGAAGGAGGUGAGCGAGCUACGAUGUCAGAAUCAGGAAAUCCUGGCUCCGGAAGGCAACAACACCGAUGCGAUGAAUCAGCACUACUUAUCAGCAGUUCGAAAGUACGAGGCCAUCAAGGACGAGUACGAUUCCUUGAGAAAGCGUUACGAUGAUCUCAUCUCGUCGCAUACAUCUGCUGUCAACAAGUUGGAGUUAGCACAAGAGGAAGCAGCACGCCUGAAGAAACAAUGCGAGGAAGUGGCUCAGGAACGUAACAGUGCUGUGCGAGAACGGAACGGUUUGAAGCAACAAUGUACAGCAGCGAUAAGGCAAUGGGACAUCGCUCUUCGAGAGCGAAACGAGUACCGGGAAGCCCUAGCUAAAUUACAACAACAGCACGAGGAGGCGGUCAAAGAGAUCAAUCAAGCUAUGAUACUGCGGAUGAAGGCUAGCAAAGAUAUGAAGCGACUCACGGAGGAAAGGAAUGCCGCUCUUCAGGAGUACAGCUUGAUUAUGGGCGAAAGAGACACGGUGCACAAGGAAAUGGAGAAGCUCGGAGACGACCUGUCCCAGGCGUACUCGAAGAUCACGCACCUGGAGAACCAGAACAAGCAGCUCACCGAGGAGCUCUCUUCGUUGAAAUUCCCCCAGAAAAAGGCGCUCUCCUAUCAGAUAGAGACCCUGAGGAGAGAGAUCUCGUCUGCGCUGCAUGACCGCGAUGAAGCUCUGAAGGAGUGUAACGAGUUGCGCCAGAAGUUCGGGGACUACUCCGAGUCGAGCAGAGACUACAAGAACCGGCUGGAGUCGCAUUCUUUAAGCCACGAGAGGGAUAGCUCGAGCAAAGAGGCGGAGCGUGAAACCAACACCAGGGAUUACGCUAAGCGCGAGAAAGAGCGAAUGGAUAACCUGGACCAGGCCAAUCUGGAGCUCGAUAAGCUGCGCAAGUCGGUGGAUACCUUGCAAGCCGAACUCGAAGAGGCUAUCCAAGAGGCCGAAGUGUCUAAGAGAAGGAGAGAUUGGGCGUUCAGCGAGAGGGACAAGAUCGUCCUAGAGAGGGAGAGCAUCAGGACGUUGUGCGACAGACUCAGGAAGGAACGGGACCGAGCCGUUUCCGAGUUGGCUGGUGCUCUUCGGGAUUCGGACGAUAUUAAGAAGCAGCGAAACGAGGCAUCCAAGGAACUGAAAGAUCUCAAGGAGAAGAUCGAAUCGGGUGACCAUCUGCUGCGGGCGAAUCAGUAUGGCCAGGGCCACCUGGGGCACGACUCCGCAACCAUCGACUCCGAGGUCGUCGAGUGGGAUGUACUCACGGUUCACCUCGACCUUACCAGGCUUGGUAUCGACUCCGAUCGCGACUUGGGACUGGUACUGGUGAGCGGUCGCGACGACCCUCAGUAUUCGAGUGAAAACGGCGUCUACGUUGCCCAGGUCAGCCAAGGUAGCAUCGCCGAUGGCAAACUGCGAGCCAACGACUGCAUCGUUAGGGUGAAUAACGUUGAUUGUACGUCUGUAUCGACGAGGGUGCUUCUCGAGACCCUAAGAGCGUGUACGGCCGGCCCUGCCACGCUUACCAUCCGACGACGUCGCAUCAGCAGAAGAUCCCUUAGAACUACUCAACUCCCCAUUGGUUCCGUACCCCAUGGCAUCGCCCUUGAAUUAGGUGUCUACAUAUCGAAGAUCUCUCCCGGCAGUUUGGCAGCCAAGGAUGGAAAUCUUGCCGUCGGCGAUCGGGUACUCAAUAUUAACGGGAAGCCGAUGGAUGGAAUCCCGUCCGCUCACGAGGCAACAACCAUCCUAAACGACAACGCAACAGACGUGAUAACCAUUACCACCCUGAAAGGCAUACCAUUGCCAGCGUCAGGCUCGCUCCCGUUGGACAGUAGCAAUCUCAGCGCGGAAAAGCAAAAGAUGGUGAAUAGUGGAUCUCAAACUGAGCAGGAGCGAUUGAUGCUGAAGGCGACAUCGGACGACUACGAACGUCGGUACGUCUCAUCGGGCGUGGGAGAACGGAGCGUCUACAAGGUGUCAAAGUCGGUCAGUGGCGAGAAGCCGAGCGGCAUCACCAACGCAUGGGAAAACAUCUGGGAGAAGUUCGACAUCGUGCGGGGCCGAAAACAUAGCAAGGACCGGGAGGAGAAGAAGAAGAGGCACCGCAAUUCUAGUCCGAACACCAUCGAGCAGGAGCAGGUCGCCAUCGCCGAACUCGAUUCGGUGAUCGAGAGCUAUCACAAGAAGGCGAACAACGGGGUGCUGAAGAGGAGCAAACGCCGGGUUGAGAAGGCCGAAAAGAAUGGCGAUACGUGGCCAAAGGCCAGAGGUGGACCGCUCAUUCAAAACGGUACGGGAACCAUCGUGCAUCCGCGCAAAACGAAGGAACGUCUGCCCCUCAGCGUGAUCCUGAACCAACCACCCACGUACGACGGAUCCAACCGCAUCUCCAACCCCAUACCAAACUCGAGCAGCGGUAACAUCAAGGCCGGUACCAAUCGACACACCGUCUACAAGGUGGUCGAGAGUCCGCCGUCGAGCUUCACCAAGUCCCAGCUCCCAGGCCAGAAGACCUCCCCGGUAGUCCAGUUCAAAGACAUCCAGCUGGACAAGAAACCCUCGAGCGAGUUCGACAUGGGCGACAACAGGCUAGGCUCCAUCCUAGCCCCUUCGGACACGAGCAUCGACUUCGCCUCGAUGAAGGCGACCAGCAUCGGACCUGGAAGAGUAGUCAGUCUCGGUGGUACCGGGGCAUCCUCCUCAUCCACGGGAGGCACAGUUUCCCUGAAGGAUGCCGACCACGCCCGGAAGAAGGCGCAGAAGUACAUGGGCAGCAACGACAUCCCGAUCGGUGAGGGUCUGCACAACCGAACCCACUCGCAGGUGUACGGGACGAGUUCGGGCUCGAUGUCGGGCGGUAUGAAGCUGACGAGCGGUAAUUUCAGCCCUCCGUACUCGUACCCCAUACACUCCAGGUAUCCCUCUCCGCCGCCGCUGCCGUCCGCGCAGUCCGGGGAGUCUAUCGGGUUGUCCGACAUUCGCAACUGCACUUUUGAACCGCCCUACAGCCCGGGUUCCCACCAGCCCAUCAUGGGACACGUCCACACCCCCUCUGUAGACAUUCACUACCCCAAACCCCGACCACACCCCAGCAUUGACUUGCCCUACACCCAUGGAUACGAGGGCGGCACCUUCCCGAGAAAGAAGGAGAACCAGCGGUUUCGAAUACCCUCGAACCCCAGCGUCACCUCCAAAAGCAGCGCUGGCAAGCUCUCCACCGGCAGCAUCGAGCGUACCUCCGAGCGUGGGAGUCCCAUGCCCACCUUCCACGUGGAGGUCCUCAGUCCCGGCACCGGCACGGUCCGAGGGAGCGGUAAGAGGUCGAGCAUGAUAGACUGCACCUGUCCUCACUCCAAUAAACCGGCGCCCGGGGAGCUGCGCAGAGUCCACAUCGACAAAUCCGUCGAGCCCCUUGGCAUCCAAAUUUCCUGCCUAGAGAGCGGCGGCGUCUUCGUCUCGACGGUGAGCGAGCACAGUCUGGCCUCCCAAGUCGGCCUUCAAAUCGGGGACCAGCUGCUCGAGGUUUGUGGCAUCAAUAUGAGGAGCGCCACCUACCAGCUGGCCGCCAACGUGCUGCGCCAGUGCGGUAACUCUAUCACCAUGCUGGUCCAGUACAGCCCCGACAAGUACAACGAGCUGGAGGGGUCCGCCUCGUCAGGUUCCUCGGACGCCGGCAUCGAGGGUGCGUGCAGUCGCAGCGGAUCUCCGACGCCGUGUAACAGCCCGGAGACUCCUAGGAAGACGGCUCAGCCUAUCGAGGUGACCGACCGGGAACCCGAAAGGGACACGACGAUCCCCACGUCUGCCGUCUCCGCGGUGACCUCGGCCAAUCCCCCGACCAUCACGGCGCCCGUCAAGCGAGUACCACCUAGCGACCGGGACAGGGUUAUGAACUUGGUGACGUCUUCCCUGGAUGCGAGAAGCACCCAGGAGCGCGAACGAGACGUCAGGAACUUCGCUUCCCUGGAUAUCGAUAUUCGUAAUCCGAAGUUGCGCACCUCGGCAGCGUUCGAGAACCUCAGGAACUCGACUGCACUGGACUCUCUUCGAGGUACAACCGGUACCCUGACCCGAGCCCAGAUCAACCAGGCGGUGACGACCUUGCAGCGACAAAACGCAACGGUUCGAAGUCCUACUCAAGAGGAACAGGGCAGUCGCAAGAGCCCACCUCCUGGGGAACCCAGGUACCUCUUCAUCGAGACGAGGAAGUGCUCGAAUUUAGGCAUUUCCCUGGUAGGCGGAAACGGCGUUGGCAUCUUCGUCCACUCGGUUCAACCUGGUUGUCUUGCCGAAGAGGCUGGUUUGCGCACUGGAGACCGCAUCCUGGAGUACAAUGGUGUUGACCUUAGGCAAGCCACGGCCGAGCAGGCCGCCCUGGAACUUGCCAGACCGGCGGAUAAGGUCACUCUCAUCGCCCAGUACUUGCCAGAUCGAUAUAACGAGGUCAAGGACAAGCCUGGGGACAGUUUCUACGUUAAGGCCAUGUUUGACAGGGUCGGCGAGGUCGGUGAUAGCCUGCAGCUCAGAUUUAACAAGGACGACGUUCUUUACGUGGAUAAUACCAUGUUCAACGGUACUCCUGGCCACUGGAGGGCCUGGUUGGUGGACCAGACAGGCAGGAAACUGAUGUGCGGCAUUAUUCCCAGCAAGUUUAAGAUUGAAGAAGAGCUGCUUCUGAGGAGGUCUUUAGGCGAUCUGGAGACGGAUGCUGGAAGACGAGGCUCGACCAGUGCUCGAAGGAGUUUCUUCCGUCGAAAGAAACACCAGCGUUCAUCUAGCAGGGAUAGUAAGGAGCUCUCUCAGCUUACUGGAGUUAAUCUGGGGUGGUACAGCGACAGCGGAACCUUGAACGAGGAAAGCGUACCUGCGAGUUAUCAGCGCGUCGAAAGACUCGAUUAUCCCAAGCUGAGACCUGUACUGAUCAUUGGCCCGCUCAGCGAGUGCGUCGCCACGAAGUUGCUGCAAGAAUACCCGAAUCAAUUUACCAGAUGCCUUCCCGAGGCGAUGCACUGUUCCCAGGCUACCCUCGAGCAGGGUCUGCGCGACUCCCUGUACGUGGACUACAGGAAGAAGGGCAGCUACUUUGAGUGCACCACCGUGCAGGCCGUCAAGGAUAUCUGCGAAAAGAAUUCACAUUGCGUGUUAGAUAUCUCCAUCGCUUCGAUCGAGCGGUUACACAGACACCAGAUAUACCCGAUCGUCCUGCUUAUCAAGUUCAAGAGCACGAAGCAGAUUAAGGAAGUGAAGGAUUCGCGAUACCCAAGCGACAAGGUCAGCGCCAAAGCGGCUAAAGAGAUGUACGAGCAGGCCCUCAAAAUCGAGGCGGAGUUUAGGCACUUCAUUUCUGCCGUUAUCCCCGCCGGCGUUAACGUGGCAUAUAUAUGCACGCAAGUCAAGGAUGCUGUCGACGACGAACAGAGCAAAGCGUUAUGGGUGCCUCGAGGGCCUCCCUGACAUCAGCGGGGGGGUCCCCACAAACCGCAAUGGAAGUCAAUCUAAAUUCCAUCGGGGGACCCUUACACUCUUCUACGACGUACGAAAUCGCUGGAAUCUUAACAUUGCGUUCUCUGGUCAGGUGCUGUGGUGUAGCGAGGUUACCGCGGAUGGAGAACGCGCGCAUGCGGUGCGCACUUGGGCGUUCUCGUUUACGUACCUGCGCCUGUUGUGAGCGCACAAGCUCAACGGUAGGAGGGAAGAAAACGGAAGUCGGAAGUAUCUUUCGGGUCUUUCGGUCGUCGCUUCGACUCGCCCUGAUCACAGUGUGCGUUUCGCGUCUCCGUAAAGAGUCGCGGCGCGCGUCGGAUUUCCAGAAGCUGAAGAAGUCUUGGGAGGGAUGGUCGGGAAUCUCCCAUUGCCGAGGUUUCUCCCGGGUCGCCGCGUAGCGAACUCUCUUCGAUGAUUUAACGUGGUUCGCAAGCUGGUGGAGAGCUUCGGCCCGUAUUUAAAUAAAUAAACAAUAAUUUAUUCGCCGAGCUUGGCAGCCCGUGAGGGGGGAAGGUCCUCGGACGCACUCACGGCUGCGUCGAUAGUUAACUUCUAUAACGAGGAAUUGAUAAAUUUAAGAGGAAAUUUAUAACGGAAUUGACGAGUAGAUGACUCGGUGUCUACGGGCCGAUUUUACAUCGACGUGUAAAUACCUAGUAGUGGGCGGUUACAGCCGUGGGUAACUCGUGGCAAUCGGAUGUCGACGCUCCCGUAAACGCGAGUUAUUGGUAAUAAAUUAUAGUAGAGGUUCUUGAUCAGCUAUCGAAUAGUCUUCCGAAGGUCGGGGGUUGGACGAAUUAGGGAUGGAGAGAUCGUUUUAUGCGCGAUACUUUAACGAAACAGGUCGGAGUGGUCGGACUCGGGAAGCGUUGCUGCUCCGAUCUCCAGAGGUGUUAUUCACAAAUCGUGUUAUUAUUUAUUGUUUCGUUGAAUGUCCGGAUUUGAUAUGGGGUAAAUUGACGCGAGCUGUCGUCAGAGAUCGUUUGGGCUCAUUCGCGACGUGCUCGGGUGGCGGCAGUGCUGCCUACUGCAGAUAAUAUUUCUUCUUUUUCUUUUACUUCCCGACUGUGACUGUCGCUGAUAGAGUCUGAAAAUAAAAAAGAGAAAAAACACCUAAAGCAAUCGCAUACCGCAUUUAACGCGCUUCUCAUCACGUUUGGUCAUUUUCUCAUCGUUCCCAUUUGACGACUAUUUAUCAGUUUCAAUUGAACGAUAAAGUUUUGUGAAUAACUAUCCUAUCGUCGCGAUGCUGUCGUUUCUGUCUUCCGCUACUGCGACGUUAAAGCGAGAGGACUAUGUAGAUUUUUCACUGUCACUGUCUAGAGCCACAUCGACAUUGCGCUGAUCAUUGACCAAAAUCUAGGUGGCUAUCGACGAGCUUUAAUUAUGUAUUUUUCGUCGUUAACUCUUUUUCUAGCAGCGUGCGACUCGCUAGUCGCUACGCGCGCG